AUGCGCCUUCCUUUUUUCCUUCUCGUCGUUAUCGGACUUUCAGUCAUCUAUGCUUCAGAAAAUUCUGAGCAUGAUCGUUUAAUUCAAGAUAUGAAAACGAGGAGUAUUGUGCUCCAAUUCCAAGAACAGUUCAAAAGAGCCAUCUUUACAGGAGACCUUUUGAAAGUUCUUCCAUUUAUUUCUCCCCAGAACGGUAACACCAACAUCGACGCCAGCAAACUUAUGCAAGAACUAAAAGACUUGGCGCCAAGAUCCAGAGAUUGGCACUUUGUGAAUGGAAAUUUGAACGAAAUUUCAUUUUUAGCUUACUUUUGCAAGCCGUCAAGUCCAACCAUCAAAUUGCAAAACGACAAUUACAAAACGUCAACUUUUGUUCUGGAACAUGAUGCUGCAACACUUUUGGAAACUGGCAACUGGACACUGAAGAGCAUGACCGACCUGGAGACCAUUGAUUAUAAUGCAUUUAUCCAACUAUUCGGUUGAUUUGAACAAAGUUUUGUUACUCA